UAUAGUAUAAAUACGUAUUCUGAUCAUGUUAUGAUUGUGACCACUAGCUACCAAAACAACAAAUCUUGAUGUUCAUUGUUUAGUAUUAUAACUUCAGUAUUAUAACCGCAUAUUUGUGCUCGGAAAUUAGACGAUAAUUGUACUAUAAAUUAUAGUAUUGUAGUAGAUAGGUACUAAAAUAUUAAUUCUAAUAGUUUUAUGCGAAAUGAAGAGUGUUGCAAGUUUACAAUGUGUAUAUUUUAUGCUGUUUAUUAUAAUUAUUUGUACUGUGCGUUUUGGACGUUGUGCACCGCAAAAUAAAGAUAAUGUCACCAAUAAAAUUGUUUUUCCGUUAGUUGAUCAAUCCAAAGCCACGGAAACAUAUUAUUCGGCCGCUGAAAUGUGCAGCGAGUAUUCGAAGUUGAUUUAUAGUUAUAUAAAGGAUCCAGUAUUAUUGUUGGGUCACGACCACAUUAUCAAAGUUAAAGAUUGUCACGAUGUCUUAACCUUAAUCGUUAACGGCACGAGGGCCGACCCAAAAGAAUUUCCGCACAUGGCUUUGUUGGGUUAUAACAAGAACCCCAAAAGUAACGCAUGGGCCUGCGGUGGAUCACUGAUCAGCAAUAGAUGGAUCCUGUCCGCAGCACAUUGUGAAAAACUAGAUGACAAGUUAGUAUGAUAUAGUAAUAUAUAAUGUUAAAUCCGCACUCCUUUGACAGACCAGUGACAUAAUCAUUACUGAAAACAUUCAUUAUUUGAGUUUCACGACUAUUCGAGUGGGCAUGUGAAAUUUUAUAUUCUACAGUUGUAGGUAAUUAUAGGUACCUACCUACUACCU